AUGGCUCCCGAUCUCUCCCAGAACAAGGCUGUUAGGCUGGUCAAGCAUGCUGCCGAUAACCACUAUGCGAUUUGCGCAACUUGUUGCUACAACGUUGAAGGGAUUCUGGCUUCAGUAAGAGCCGCAGAGGCCAAACGAUCGCCUUUGAUUAUACAACUUUUCCCAUGGGCGGUUCAGUACGCCAACGGUAUCCUCGUCCACGCGGCACGCGAAGCCGCCGACAACGCCAGCGUACCAGUUGCGCUGCACAUGGAUCACGCGCAAACACCAGAGAUGGUGAAGAGAGCGGCAAACUUCGAGAGAGGGUUCGAUGGCAUCAUGGUCGACAUGUCCCAUUACGACGACAACCUAGAGAAGACGGCAGAACUUGUCAAGUACUGCAACGAGCGCGGCAUCAUCACCGAGGCGGAGCCCGGGCGCAUCGAUGGCGGGGAAGACGGAGUGGGGGACUUGUCAGAUCUGGGGUUGGAGGCGAUCCUCACAACACCGGAGCAGGCCGAAGAAUUUGUUGCCACGGGGAUAAACUGGCUGGCUCCCGCUUUCGGCAACGUACAUGGCAAUUACGGGCCGAAAGGGCCACAGCUGGACUACGAGCGCCUGAAGCGCGUACACAAGAAAGUUGGCGACCGUGUCAGCCUGGUGCUGCACGGUGCUGGCGCAGAGUGGUUCCAAGAGAAACUGCUGAGGGAAUGCAUCGAUUGCGGCGUUGCGAAGAUGAACAUCAACGACGCGUUCAACACCGAUUUCACGCGAAUUAUGCACGAGCAGGCGAGCAAGACACCCAUCACCGGGCUGAUCGAGAAGGCGACGGACGCAAUGCAGAAGAGCAUCGAGCAGUACAUGGACUGGAUGGGCUCCUCAGGAAUGGCAGACAAGAUCCAGUAG